AUGGCUCUCCUCAAACUUUUUCUCAUGGCUUUCAGUUUUGUCUUCUGGGCAGCAGGUCUCACCAUGCUCACCAUUGGUAUCUGGGCCAAGAUUUCAUUAGGUACCUACCUGAUGUUGUCAACCAGUCAUACCCUCCCAACCCCAUCAUUUGUUGGCUGCUGGCAUCACGAUCAUCGUUGGGGCUUUCUGGGUUGCUUUAGUGCUGCGACUGAACAUCGUUGCCUCCUGCGCACUUAUGGGGGCUUCCAACUGGCUGUCUUGGCUGCUGGGCUGACAGCAGGGGUGUCUAGCUUUUAUCGUGAGACUAUUGCUGAGGGUUUCCAGAAUGGACUGCGCGAAGCCAUACAUUCCUACACCAAGGAUGAGGAAACAGAGGCCCUGGAUUUCGUUCAGCGCAACCAAUGCUGUGGCAUAGAGAGUUACCGUGAUUGGUUUUCCUCACCCUGGUCGGUGGAGCAACAGGUGCCUAACCGCUCUGUGCCCCUCAGCUGUUGCAGGACCCGAAAAGGUUGCCUGCAUGCUCCAUUCCCUUCCGAUGCCAGAGGUAUUUACCACAACGGAUGCUUCAGCAAAGUGCACGACUUUGUCAGCUACAAUAUGUUCUACAUUGCCUCAGCUGCACUCGGACUGGCCCUCAUGCAAGUUGUGGGGAUCAUCCUUUCUUGCCUCCUGGCUGCCCGCAUCCUACCACAGGCAGAAUCAUCUGCAGGCACCACCCCACACUGA